GUUGAGGUUCCUCCCCAUCCUCUCAAGAUGCCGGGGAGGACGGAUUUCCCUUUCUUCUUUGGGAGAGGAAAGAAACUAGAACUAUCAGAGAAGUUCAGCGGGUUAGGUUGUUAGCGUGUAGCUGCGGAGCCCGUUUAUUCUGUUUUCCAGGAGCAUCUCUUCUUUUGUUUCCUGCCGGAAGUUAUUGAAGAAUGCUCCCGGAAGGCGGAAGUAAAGCUAACGGAAGUUAGUAAGAGGCGAGGAGGAUGGCGGCUGGGGCUGCAGCCAAGCUCGGGACAGUUUGGGGCUGGUUCUGGGAAUGCUGUAGCUCGCGAAUGGGGGAAAGCCAGAGCCCCUUUCCUCCAGUUCUCCUGUUGCUGCUGCUCUUGUUGGUCGCACUCGCUCCCCAGCCCGCGGCUUCCGACAUCACCAACGGCAACAAUGAGCACCUAAAGCGCGAGCACUCGCUGAUUAAACCCUACCAGGGGGUUGGCUCGAGCUCCAUGCCCCUCUGGGAUUUCCAAGGCAGCACCAUGCUCACCAGCCAGUACAUCCGCCUGACCCCCGAUGAGCCCAGCAAAGAAGGUUCUAUCUGGAACCACCAGCCCUGCUUCCUCAAGGAUUGGGAGAUGCACGUCCAUUUCAAAGUCCAUGGCCUUGGGAAGAAGAGCCUCCAUGGAGAUGGCUUUGCUCUGUGGUACACCAGGGACCGUCUUAUGCCAGGUCCUGUGUUUGGAAGCAAGGACAACUUCCAUGGAUUGGCCAUCUUCCUGGACACAUAUCCCAAUGAUGAAGCUACUGAGCGUGUAUUUCCCUAUAUAUCAGUGAUGGUGAACAAUGGCUCCCUGACGUACGAUCAUAGCAAGGAUGGCAGAUGGACAGAACUGGCAGGCUGCACAGCUGACUUCCGCAACCAAAAUCAUGAUACCUUCCUGGCUGUGCGCUACUCUCGAGGUCGCCUGACGGUGAUGACAGAUGUAGAAGAUAAGAACGAGUGGAAGAACUGUAUCGACAUUUCUGGGGUGCAGUUACCCACUGGCUACUACUUUGGGGCCUCAGCUGGCACGGGUGACCUGUCUGACAAUCAUGAUAUCAUCUCAAUGAAAUUAUUCCAGUUGAUGGUGGAGCACACUCCUGAAGAGGAUAACAUUGACUGGACCAAGAUUGAGCCCAGUGUCAGCUUUCUCAAGUCUCCCAAAGACAAUGUGGACGACCCCACAGGGAACUUCCGCAGUGGCCCUCUGACAGGUUGGAAGGUGUUUCUGCUGCUGCUCUGUGCCCUCUUGGGCAUCAUCGUAUGCGCUGUGGUGGGAGCUGUGGUGUUUCAGAAGCGACAGGAGAGGAACAAGCGUUUCUACUGAUUUGGUGUGGGGAAAGAGGAUUGGGUGAGGGAGAAGGGAAGCCUGCCCCAAGGGUUCAGGCAGUAAUGUGAACUUUUCUACUUGGGGAUUGUACCAAAAAACCCCAACAACCUUAUUUCUUAACCUCUUUGAAAGAAAUAAUUUUAAAGUAUUUUCGUACAUUUUGUUUCUAGCCCAACUUGGGGCAAAU